UGCUCCUGAUAUCUCCGCGGCUCCACUUCCUCUUCUCUCCUUCCUAACCCUUUCAUUCAUUACAUUCUCUCUGCACUCACUGUCACUCUUUGCCCUGCGCUCCCCCCCCAACCCACAGAAAAGCCAAGUCUGUUUGGAGGGAGAGAAAGAGAGAGAGAGCAAGAGAGAGAAGGCUUGUGUAAUCUUCUCUGCUGCACACAAGCACAUGAGAGCCGGCAGUGGGAGAAGUGGAGUUUUUAAGCACUUUAUUGGACUAACUUACGGAAAGCAAAGAAAAGAAGAGAGGGGGCAGGAAUUUGGACACGGGACACACCAUGGCACACUGUCUGGUGCUGUUGGUGUCCUUAUUAAUGCUAUCCACGGGAAGUGAUGGUCGCAGGAUCAGGAAAAGAGGACUGAACCAUAAGGAUUAUGAGUACCCCAACCAUCCCCAGUCCACACAGCACCAGAAGAACGACCGGUGCCCCCCGCCCCCUCAGAUGCUCCCGGAGCGGGCCUGCGAGGUGCCCGGAUGUCGCUCAGACUCAGAGUGUGAGAGGCAUAAGCGCUGCUGCUAUAACGGUUGUAUUUACGCCUGUCUAGAGUCAGUACAACCGCCACCAGUUCUGGACUGGCUAGUGCAGCCCAAGCCCAGGUGGUUGGGAGGUAACGGCUGGCUGCUGGAUGGUCCUGAAGAGGUUCUACAAGCUGAGGCCUGCAGCACCACAGAGGACGGAGACGAGCCCCUUCACUGUCCCACCGGCUACGAAUGUCACAUCAUUAACCCAGGCAACCCAGCAGCCGGCAUCCCCAACCGUGGACAGUGCAUCAAGCAGCGCAGUAACUCUGAUGGACGUGGUCUGAAGCACAAAUACUACAAGGACUACAAGGAUUACUUAGGCAAGACAUGUUAA